GCGUUAUUUACUGCCUGCGUAACUAUUAUGACUUAAAGGAUGGGUGUUUGCUCAAGUUGAAGUUUUUCUGCAGGGAUACUUACUUACAUGGUGGUUUUCAAGCAGUUUCUCGUUCUCCAAAUUAUACUGAAUGUAAAUGUGCUCUCCGUUCUUGUCGUUAAGGACUUGACUGUGGGUAAGUUUGUUCGAAAUUUCGCGGACUCGGAGGCCCUUUUUGGUGCACCUAUUAUUCAGGGAUCCCUGAUACUAGGACGAAUUUUUCUUUCCAACCCGUUAGAUGGGUGUGUGCAAAAGAUUCCUCUACCUUCGAAUGCCUCUGAUUCUUCUCUUCCUUACAUUUCACUUAUCAAGCGAGGGAAUUGUUCGUUUGUACAAAAGGUGUCAGCUGCAGAACGAGGUGGUUAUAUUGCUGCUGUCGUUUAUAAUGUAGAUGAUGGGAUUUUUCCAAUGAGUUCUAAUUCUUCGACUGUCAUCAAUAUUUCUGCAAUAAUGAUCAGUCUAUCGGAUGGUGAGCUCGUCCGCAACAACUACUGCACUUCAGAUUACUUUGCUGAAAUCUUACCCACUCGACACCGAGAUAUUACAUUCUAUCUUAUUCCACUGAUAACCUGUGUACUCAUAGUUUUAGUUGCACUGGGUGUAGCAUAUAUUAUUCGGUGUUGGGACCGGUAUCGAAGACGACAUCGGUUUUGCUUACCAAUAAAAGAGUUGCACAAGAUACCAGAAACGGUGUUUGAUAAAAACUCAAGUCAGUUUGAAGUCUGUGUAAUUUGUUUGGAAGAGUAUAAAGACGGUGAAAAAUUGAGGGUAUUACCAUGCAAACACGCUUACCAUAGUAAAUGUGUGGAUCCAUGGCUUGUGAAACGUCGUAGUUGUUGUCCUAUGUGUAAGAAGAGGGUUCGUAGUCGCCCUAGAAUCAAUGUCUCACGCUUUGCAAGACUACGACGUAGUUCCGCCACCAUAUCAGAAGCUCCACUAAUAGAUGAUUCAUCUUUUGAAGAAGAUUCAGAUUCAGAAAGUAGUGGUUCAGAUCAUGAACAGAAUACUUCUUACAAUAGGAACAGUUCUGCAGAUGCAUUUAUUUCAGUUUCAAAUGAACGAACCCCUCUUUUUAAUUCAUGCACCAGUCGACUUAGUGACUCAACAUUCGAGCGUAUGAAGGUCGCUGCUUCGAUUUGUGAGGAUUUGGAAGAGAUACUGGGUGACAUAUCAGUUCACGACCCCGGAGGAGUUACUGCAUCCACUCAUGACCUGUCGAGGAACAUUUCAUUUACACACACAGAAUUACAGCCUCAAAGUUCUCGUACUGUGAAUGAAUCCAUCAGAAAAGAUGGAUUAUGCAUUCAGUAAAAAAAACUGUCUGAAGAGAUAAUGAUAGAGUACAUAACCUGAGAAAACUAUCAGUGUAGUGGUAACUUGAUAUGACAUUCAUUCAUUUAUUCAUUCAUUUCGAUUUCGAUUCACUGAAAAGUUUCAUAAGUCGCUUGAAAUGAAUAUUGAAUAAAAUUUGUACGUUUAUCAUUUUCUUCUGUUUUUCCUUGUUUUUUUAUAUUUAUUUUCUCUCUCUACACAUAGAUGUGCAAUGGAGUAAAGAAAGUAUCAGUGAACAACUGGAAAAUGAUACGAUAAUUGAUAAUUCUAUGCCUUCAGAAGUGAUUCAUGCUGAAGUGCAUACAGAUUUUGAUUCAUGUGCUCAUCAAUCUCAUGUCUAAUUAUUCUCAUGUCAUUUGAUUUCAUUUCUCAAGGAUUUGUCUUUUCUGCUAUCUUUCAUUCUUAUUUAUACCAUGUAAUAUAUUUUAAUUGUUUAAGAGAAGUAAAAAAAAAAUUGUUUUGUAGAUUUUUUUUGACUUUUUCUUCAUUAGUCUUCUCUUCGUUUUAACAAUAAAAAUGAAUUUUUGUUGUUGUUAUGAAAAAAAAAUGUUUUUAAAGUAAUCGUGUGUAUCUUAGAUUUCUAUUUAUCCAUUUAUGCUUAGUUAAUUACUGAUUUCAUCUGAAUUAUUAACCAAUCAUUCCAUCUUUGAAUGGAACAUUUUAAUGUGUUCAUAUUUAUCAUUUUAACUAAGACUAGAUUCACUUUUUGUGUGAACAGUUAUGCACCUGUUUAUCCAUCAUUGAAUCAGGUUUCUUAGUGUGUGUGUGUGUGCAGCACAAUCUGGAAAGUUGUGUGCAAAAACAUUAUUAUUAUUAUUAUUAUUAUUGGGACUAUAUGACCAUUUACUUACUUCACAGGUCGAUGAUUAUCAUUGUCUUUAUUUUAUAUUAGCUAAAUGAGUUCUGAUUUAAUUUUUUAUUAUAAACAUCACCACAUUUCGCCCUAUUUUUAUAACUUUCUUAAAACAAAUAAAUUGAAGUAAUAUCUGCUUGCUUAUU